AUGAGUCGAGCAAAAACAGGUUUGGUCUUCUGCAUUCUGAGCGCCCUGUUUUUGAUUCUAACGGGAGUUGGCGUCCGUCGAGAGUUUGUUGUGGUGGCGGGUUUGAGUCGGAAUCUUCGUCAAGGAUUCAUUUCCGCGAUGUUAGGUGCCGCAAGCUUCUAUAUACUAUGUGCAGGACUCUGUGUUUUAUAUCUGUAUACGAGGCCACACAGGUCAUUGAACGAUGAGAUACUAGCCACCAACGGCAAAGACCUAGCGCGAAGGGUAAAACAACAGUUGCUGGACCAGCACGGACUGCGUGAGCCGUUACUGACCAAAGGCUCAUUGGUGGAAGCCGUCCGUCAGUCCACCAUCAAACAGGGGAAAAAGUAA